UUAGCACAUUAAAAGGUUCCGAACUGCAUUGGUAAUACUGAUUUAUCCACUGAGUGUAAACAGUGCCAGGAGUGCCAGGAGUGCCAGGAGUGCCACCGUCACCCCGGGCUAUAAUUAGUGAGUUCUCGGCCUGUUAGUGCUCUCAUACCCGGACACGAAGACCAUCCAAAAUGCAGAACACUGAAGAAGAUACAGAAUGGAACGACAUUCUUCGGCAAAAAGGAAUCUUGCCACCCAAGGAACCAGAGGUGACGGAGGAGGCUCUGACGGAGAUGCUGGAGCAGACCAUACAGGAGAAGCAGAGUGCAGAUGCAAGAUUAGGAAAGCUAUCUUUAGAUGAGUUAGAUGAAUUGGAAGAUGAUGAGGAUGAGGUCAUUCUUCUUGAAUAUCGUCGGAAAAGGAUCGCAGAAAUGAAAGCCGAGGCUGAAUUGUGUAAAUUUGGAGAGGUUGGAGAAAUCAGUGCUCAGGACUAUGUAGAGAAAGUGAAUAGUGCAGGUCCUGGUAUAUGGGUGUUCCUACACCUGUACAAACAAGGGAUUCCCCUCUGUGACCUCAUCAAUCAACACAUCUCAAGACUGGCAGCCAAAUAUCCUCAGGUAAAGUUUUUGAAGUCAAUAUCCACGACAUGUAUCCCAAAUUUCCAAGAUCGUAACCUUCCUGCCAUUUUUGUCUACUUUGAGGGCCAAUUGAAGCGGCAGUUUAUUGGAGUAGCCGAAGUUGGUGGAGACAGGGUUAAGUAUGAAGAGCUGGAGUGGAUAUUGUCUCGCACUGGUGGGUUCAAAACAGACUUGGAGUCAGAUCCCCGCGGCCCAAGAGUGAAAGACGUUUUGCUGAACUCCAUUCGUGGUUACAAGGAUGAUGAUGAUGAAAAUGAUAGUGAUGAAGGUGAUUGGUGAAGCAGAACCACAUAAUUCAGUUAUAUUUGGACAGUGUGUUUUAUACUUAAUGAUUAAUAGAACUAACAGAGGCUACUCGUUGAUACUUGGCUCUUCACUUAAAGGCAAAAUAGGCAUGCAUAUUGUACAUUGUUUACUAUACAGACAAAACAAAUCAACCAAACUACAUCUUACUUAUCUUCAUGGUAUUGCAAUAUUUAUUAGUUAGAUUGGGUAAGAUUUGGUUGGUUUGCAUUGUGAGUCUUUGUUACUUAUUUACAGGACCAUCACAGAUUGUAUGUCUUUUUUCACUUUCAUUUUACAGAUACUGUAUAAGUUCUUGACAGUGUUGUGGCAUGGGGUGACUUAUUGUCUCUAAGUGAUAUUGAAUACUAUGUGUAAAUUGUUUUUAGGAUAUUCUGUUUAAUGGCUGUGCUCCACUAAAUUGAAUCUCUACAAUUAUUGAAACAUUAAGGUGAAUGGCUCUGUGCCUCAACCACAGAUCCACAAAAUUAUUAGUUAAGUCAUCUACAGUUUUCACUUUACCCAUGAUGUGAUUUUAAUUUGCUCGAGUCUUUUAGUACAGUAUUUAUUAAACAACAAAUAUAAAUUUAAACUCCUCUGAUUGUUAAACAGGUGAUGAAAAGUUAUGGUUCAAUGAGAUAACAUGACUGGCCUAUGAGGGGUGGCAAGUAGUACUAUAUUCUAUGCAAAUACAGGAAACUAAAAAAAAAUAAUAAUAACAAUAAUCUUUAGUACAAUACUGUGUUCUAAAAAUAUCAGCAAUGAAUUGAUAGUUUUGUAUUCAUUUUUUUUAAAGAUGCCAUUUUUCUAAAACUGCGCAUAAGUGAUUUCUAAAUUUCUGUGUUUUUUCUGUACUGUACUGUAUGUGUGUCAGGUAAAUAUUGUGAUCUUACUUGCAUAAAAAUGUGGCACAAAUUUAGGUUACUUCGUAUAAUACAUACAAUUUACCUAAAAGUUAUCAUACUAAAUAAAGUAAAUGUUAUUUAUACAGUUCAUAUCUAAUGAUUUUUUAUGACAACUAGAGUUACAUCUUCUAGUAUUGUACUGUAUACUUGUACAUAAUGCAGUUUGCCUUAUAGCUAAGAAACGCUUUAGGAUUUAAGAUCUCACACUAAUUUCUUUGAAGUAUACCGGUAUAUGAAGCGAGUUGUUGAAACCAAGUGUUAUUUAAUAUGACUGCACAAGACGGUGUAUUUUUUCUACUUAUAAUUUUAUAACAGCCUAUUUUAUGAUCCUCUUUUCAGACUGAAGUUACUGAAUAAAAAAAAUGGACAACAUUAA